AAUAGGCGCCAGUCACUAGGGGAAAUUCGUUCUAACCUGAUGGCGUGUGUCCGUGUGCUGAUUAGAGUGGAAAACUGCAAUCGAAACACUGAAUCGAAACAUUUAACGAUCGCCAGAUAAAAGCGACUGUUUACCUUCAUCACGAUCUUCAGAAGUUAUAAGUUUUCAUUAUAUAACAUCGUAGAACGGGGCGCAAACCAGUCGACUUUCAAGGCUAUCAACGAUUUUCGGCUGAUAUGCUUAACAAACGCCACAUUUGCUGAAAACCUGGCAAUGCGCUUGCGCCGGAAGGCUAUUUUUGUUUAGAAACGCCAGGAGAAAAACAGAGGCGCAAAAUCGCCUUUUUUCACCCGCACAUUGAUCGGCAAAUGCGAACAGCUGACGUGACAGUUUCCGUCUAAGCCAGACGGAAAGUGAAUAUUUGCUCCAGUGAAAAAAGGUGGAAACAAUGUCGAAAAAGUUACCUGUACGAAGCUUAACGCAAAUGGCCCUUGCGGAACUGGCUGACGCGAUAGUGUCCUCAAUCGGGAACAUGUUGCAGACGGCGUACAACUAUGGAAUAGUGUCGGAUUUCACUUUGCUUAUAGUGGAGAUCAAUUCGUACCUGGAAAACAUGGGUGCCACCGGCGCGGUCUACGAAGAUCUGCUGCGGGUAAUUUUGGCGUCGGAUUCGCUGGAAGCGGCGAUUCGCUUCUGCUGCCUACAGAUGCUGCUAAACGAAAGCGUCCAAACGCUGGCAACAGACAUGUUUCCUUUCUCGUACUACGAAAGAAUCUUGCAGGUCAUUAUUGCCCAAGGCAGAGGACUCCGUCAGUUGAACAUGAAAGGUGUCUGGGUUAAGGAGGAAUUCCUGAGUUACAUGUACGAAAUCAUCAAACACCUACCGUAUUUGAGUAAGCUUACGAUCCCACAUAUUGCGAAUGAUAAUCUCCUGAAGCACAUCGGAGAUUACUCGAAACAAAUGCGCAACUUGGAUAUUAGUGGCGAUACUGAUAUCACCGAAAUUGGGCUGGAAUAUCUAUGCUAUGGCGAACCGAAGGAUCGCUUGACGAUAGUGGAUAUCGGUUCCCUCGGUGAAGAGAACAUCUGUCAUACCGAUAUAGCGUUACUGAUUAUGAAUCUUCCAAAUCUAGUAAGUCUAGCAAGUUACUCGUUUGUAGGUCGAAGUCUCCUGUUCAUUCUAGAACAAAAAGAUCCAGCUUUCAAAUGUAAGCUCGCUUACCUCCACGAUACCCACACCAAACCGAAGAUACUGGACGCCAUUGUGAGCACAUGUCCCAACCUCAUGGAUCUGUACCUCGACUGUCCCGAAACAGGUAUUCUAUCUAAGCUAGCAAAUAUUUCCCUCCGUCGGCUGAAACUGUACAAAUUCAGUUGUUCAGAGCUUUUCACGCUACUGGAAUCGAUCGGAAACUCAAUGCGACAUCUAACUGUGAUAAAAGGCCGUGAAACGAUGGAUUUACAUCGCCUUGUGCGCUGCUGUCCGCAUCUCGUUGAUUUAGACCUUUACAUGAUGGAUUCCCUCACAUUUUCGGGCGAGCGGGGAUUUCGAGAUUUACAAGGUCUUGAAAUUCUGAACAGUCCAUUUUCGCAACUGGGGAUGAGAAGUUUGCUCAGUGCUUCGACUACCCUGAAACGCCUAGCAAUUGAUAGCUUUCCAUUCGACGACGAAGACUUUUGUUCGCUAAUGAUAGAGAAGGAUUUUUACCAGCUAGAGGACAUUUGGUUUACCACUGCGCCCCACAUGUCAAUAACAAGCGUUGAGACUUUAAUGGAACGCUGCCCGGAAUUGCAGAGCCUCGGUCAGCUGAGCGGUUGGUCCCUCACACACGACGAUGUGACGCUCCUGCGAGGAAUCCUCAGAAGCUGCAACUCAGCACUGGUACUGUCACCGACAAGUAUUUUUCCGUAAUUUCACUACGAAUAUUUUUACUAAGCUCACCGGUCAUGUGUGUGCGUGUGUCUUUGUGUCCGUUCGAUCCAGGCAACCUAACACUAAUUGGCUCUCCAUCCUCUCCUUUGUUGAUUCCUUGUUCCAGAUGGUGCAGUCACUUUGAGGCCGCGACCAGUGGCUCCGUGUCCGUCCUUCCUCUUUACCAAAGAAAAGAUGUUUUGCACCAAUUACUGCAUAACCGAUUUUUACAGUUUAUAUGACUGCAGUGGAUUGGUAGCUUAUUCAUUGUGGAAGUAUUGGUAUCACCUGUGAAAUAAUUGUAUUAGAUUCGCGAUUGUAGUAGAUAGGAAUCCUCCAAACAUUGUAUGUUUUACAAAAUUUGUGUACUGCUGUAAGGAGUCAAAAAAGAUAUAG